AUGGCCGGCCCAGACCCCGCCAGCGCCAUAUCCUGGCUCUUCUUCUUCGCCUUCUUGAUCGCCGCCGGAGCCCAGAACGGGUUCGACUUCGGGGAGGAGAAGAGGACACACCUGCACUUCUUCUUCCACGACGUGGUCAGCGGCUCCAAACCCACGGUCGUGCGCGUCGCCGGCGUGACGAGUGGGCUCCGGUCGCUAAACAUGUUCGGAGACGUGAUGAUGAUCGACGACGCCUUGACGGAAGGUCCAGAUAGCACCUCGAAGCUCAUCGGACGGGCUCAGGGCUUCUACGCCGGGGCAUCGCAGGAGGAGCUCGCCUUGCUGAUGGCCAUGAACUACUAUUUCGUGGAGGGCGACUACAAGGGCAGCACCCUUGCUCUCCUCGGGAGGAACAGCGUCAUGUCGGCGACGAGGGAGAUGGCCAUCAUCGGGGGCUCCGGUUACUUCCGUCUCGCCCGCGGCUACGCCGUCGCCAAGACCCACUCCUUCAACGUCAGCGGAGACGCCAUUGUGGAGUACAACGUCUACGUUAUUCACCGGUGA